UAUGACUGGUGGUCCUGGGUCACAUUUAAGAGUCACAAUGGACCCAUUUGACAGCUCCGAUGCUCUGGAAGGGCCAUCAAAGGCUGCGGCGACAAACACAGAGGUACCGGUGCCGUGGACACGCUUCUCUGCCUGGCUCGAGUGUGUGUGCGUCGUUACCUUCGACCUCGAGCUCGGACAAGCCAUAGAGCUCGUUUACCCUCAUGAUGUCAAACUCACAGAGAAAGAGAAAACAAGCAUCUGUUACUUAUCGUUUCCUGACUCAUACUCAGGAUGCCUCGGGGACACUCAGUUCAGCUUCAGACUGCGGCAGUCGGUGGGCCGCAGUAGCUCUUGGUUUGGACAGGAGGAUGUGUACAACAAGGAUGCACCUGUGACCCUGCAGAAGGAGCAUGCACAUUUGCACGGGUAUGUGUAUUUCAGGCAAGUGAAAGAUGCGUCUGUCAAAAGGGGCUACUUUCAGAAGUCUCUGGUGGUGGUGUCCAGAUUGCCGUUUGUGAACCUUUUCCAUUCGCUGCUGAAGGUCAUUGCUCCUGAGUACUUUGAAAAGCAAGAACCUUGUCUGGAGACUGUCUGUAAUGAGAUUGAGCAAUGGCCCGCACCAGUACCAGGACAGACACUCAACCUACCUGUGAUGGGUGUGGUGAUGCAGGUCAGAAUUCCCUCAAAAGUCGAAACACCAGCAAGAAGCCCUGUAAGACAACCACAAACAGAGAAUCUGCUCCCUGCCCCCACGGUUCUUCCAUCAGUUCACGAGUUGGAUCUUUUCAAAUGUUUCCAGUCAGUCCUGAUUCACGUGCAGAUGCUCUGGGAGCUCAUGUUGCUAGGAGAGCCUGUGGUUGUUAUGGCACCCUCUCCAACCGUCUCCUCAGAGACUGUGUUGACCCUGGUCAGCACUAUCGCCCCACUGCACUACUGUGGUGAUUACAGACCAUACUUCACCAUUCAUGACAGUGAAUUCAAGGAGUACACGACCAGGACUCAGGCUCCGCCCAAUGUGAUACUUGGUGUCACAAACCCUUUCUUUAUAAAGACCUUUCAGUGCUGGCCACACAUUAUUCGCCUCGGAGACCUGAAGAUGUCUGGUGAUUUACCAAAGCAAGUGAAGGUCAAGAAACUGGCAAAGUUAAAAACACUAGAUACUAAAACAGGUAUAUACACAGCAUACAAGACCUUUCUACACAAAGAUAAAGCCCUCAUCAAGCAACUUUUAAAGGGUAUCCAGAAAAAAAGGCCAUCAGAGGUGCAGAGCACCAUUUUGAGGCGGCAUCUGUUGGAGCAAACGCAGAGUUUCAUUCUUCCGCUGGAACGGUAUCUGGAAAGCCUCAUGCCGCCACAGAGAUCUAUGUCUCCGUGGAAGACCCCUCCUCAGAUCCGGUCUUUCAGUCAGGAUGAGUUCAUGAAGACCCUGGAGCAAGCAGGGCCACAACUAAAUCUGAAAGGAGAUUGGACAGGCCUGUACAGGCGUUUCUUCCGUUCACCAAACUUUGAUGGCUGGUAUCGGUUCAGGCACAGAGAGAUGACUCAGAAAGUGGAAUGUCUUCAUUUAGAGGCCAUCUGUGCGGCUGAUCUGCUGACAUGGACCAAAGACAAAUCAGAAGUAGAGAUUGUUGACCUCAUCCUGAAGCUUCGGGAGAAACUGACAAGAGCUCGAAAACACCAGCUUCCAGUUAAAGAAGAACUCCUGGAGAGAUUAGAGCAGUCCAUCCAGACCAUCAUCAGCUCCUUGCCAGAGGAUCUACAGACAUUAUUACACAGACAAUGACAAUCAGACCCACGUGAACAACACUGACCAGCAGAUCCACUGAUGCAUACACAGAGACUGUCUUUCCAGUAUAUACCAGCUAUAUUUGAACUCAUAACACCUGUCCUGCACAGGUAUCAGCCCACAUCUCUUCUUCUGGUAAACCCAUACACUACCUGAGAGGCCUUUCAUUUUGGAUGUACAGUAACAACAGAUACUGCUGCUAUACAGGGUCCAAGAUGACACAUGAAGAACACAGAAAACAUUGAUACUUGGAUUAAAAUCAUUUGAAGUCCUCCGCUAGACUUCACACUAGAUUUUAGAUGUCUGCUAAAUUACAUUUUAAUGUGCACCAAGUAUUUAAAGCCUGCAGUCAGUUAGCACUGCAUGAACAAGGCAUUUAUUUUAUAAAUCAACAUUUAGUCAAAUAGAUUAAUGAAAGGAUCAACAAAUUGACUUUUAAUUAGCAUAUGCAGCAUUUAUUUAGCAUAUGCAGUGAAGUUCAUAAAUAUGGAUGACUUGUUAGUUUAAGAUGCUUUUAUGAUUAUUUAUUAAGUAUCAAUGCUUUUAUUUCAGUGAUGUUGUUUGUUAUUAUUUAGGGACAUUAAUAAGCACAUUAGUAAAUACACAGCAGUGCUUUUGGCUAUUAUUUAUUUACACCUUACCUGACCUUUAACCUUUGCACAGGAGCACCUCUACUGCAUUGUUUAGCUUGUUUUUACUAUUUUUAUGUUAGAAGCUGAUUGUCUAGGUGUUUUUUUUUUUACAAUUUAGAUUCAAUCUUAUUUAGAGUUGGAUUAACAAACUCUGGAUUAAGAUAUAUCUAAAACUAAACAGAAUUGUCGAGCUCAAUGUCAUUAAUAUGCAAUACAAUCAUGUAUAAGCUAGUCAGUCUGUAUAUAUAUAUUUUUUUGAUCCAACCUGAACCUUACUUGAAAAAGGAAAUGGUUGUUCUUUCUUUAUUUGUGCCAUUUACAGUUUUGAACCUCGCACUGCACUUUGCCCAUUUUUACUUUUUCAUUUGUAGUUUGUGUAGCUGCU